CAUGCAGGGCGAGAGGAGGAGGGCGCGUGCUCCGUGGGGACCACCAGACACGGGCGGUGCACUCCUCGAGCGUUGGAUCAGCCGCGAGAGACGAUCCGACAGCCGAGAUGCGUCCGGUUCAGGCUUCCCGUACCGUGCUUUUGUUGCUUCGAUGGUUUUGAAGUUUGAGGUGGAGUGUGGUUUUCUGAGUUGGAGGAGGAGGCUGAUGAGCACCGAAGCUUCAUGGUGUAUUGAUCUUGCUGUGUGUGUCUCAAAGUCUCUACCAGUGCGUGCGCAAAAAAUUAGACCACGUCAAUUCGUUUCUCUUGUCUGCUUGUAUUUUCCAGUUUGUUCAGUUAAUUUUGGUGUGUUGCGGGAGUUCAGUUUCUGAAAAUUUAUUAACCAGAUGCCGCCUUCGGCCUUCUUGUUCUUUUCGCUGUUCCUGAUGCAGGAUGCUUCUUCUCUAUGUGUCUCUCUGACGUGUUCUCUUGGUUUAGUUUCUGUUUGGAAAGAACUCCAUGUUCUCUCUGACGUGUUAUCUUGGUUUAGUUUCUGUUUGGAAAGAACUCCAUGUUCUGUUCAUACAAUGAUUUCUGCAUGUGUAGCUUGGUUAAACUGCUUGUUUUUUUUUCCCUUUUUGAUGAGAAAUCUUCUGAUUCUUUGCAUAUCAAAGAAGCUUUCAUCUCUUGAAUCUUAGAUUUGGGAUCCUUCUAAGCCCAACGGUUUUGGUUCUGCAAGAUUGUACAAUUUCUUCAUGUUUGUUACCUAUAUUUUACUUCUCAGUGACGCUGUCAUGUUGUAUUCUUCUUGCUGAAUUCUACUAUAAGUGCACGCUGCUGUCUCUGUUUUUCUUCUUCUGUUCACUUCAUACUCUGUUUCGAAUUAUUGAAGUUUUAAUACACCGAAGAGGUGGCCAUACCGGGAGGAAAUUGAUUGUCCUUGUACAAUACGCCUUUUCUGUUUGUUUCCUCUUCAUUUCACUUUGGAAUUUGGUGUUAUGAUUUGUGUCAGUAAAGCUUAUAUGGCGUUCUUACAAAACCUUGUAUGCAUUUUGUUCACAGUAAUAUUUUAUUUUAAUUAUUCUUUGCUUGAUUCUUGUAUAAGAUAUAAGAUUAAUGUGCAAAAUACUGCAGCAUUGCAACUGAAGAUUGAUACUCUCAUGUUAUAUGUCUCAAAAAUGCAUUUAGGGGCCCUGAUAAAUAGUGUCAUAUCAUGUUAUGUCUAGUUGACUCCUUUUCGUGUUUUUACCAAAGCUCUUAUGUAUUUAAUUGAUCUGUAGUGUUUUGUAAUUGUAUUCACUUUACUCUUUCUCCAUAUUUGUCAAUAAAGUUAUUGUAUAUUUGUAUUCAUGUUAUUAAUUUUCAGCAAAACAAAGGUCUGCUAUGGGUAACAGCCUUCCUGUAGAAUCAAAGUUCACUGAUGAAAAAGAGAAUGACAGAAUUAAGUAUGUUGUGUCGUCUAUGCAAGGAUGGGGUGAGAAAAUGGAAGAUGCUCAUGCAGCUAUUCUAAAUCUUGAUGAUACCAUGACGUCAUUCUUUGGCGUUUAUGAUGGCCAUGGAGGAGCUGAAGUAGCAUCAUAUUGUGCAAAACGAUUUCAUAUUGAGCUUUGCAAUCAUGAAGACUACGACAGCAAUCUAAGUAAUGCGAUGAGGAGUGCGUUUUACAGCAUGGAUGAGGACCUGCAACUGUCCGAUGCUUGGAGGGAGUUAGUUAUUCCUCGUAAUAAUGGAUGGAUGUAUUUUAUCAAGGCUGGUGUCUGUGCUAACCUUUCGCCUUUCCCGCAGGCAACAUAUACUGCGCCAUCAUAUGAAGGGAGCACAGCAUGUGUGGUUGUCAUCAGAGGUGACCAAUUGAUUGUUGGGCAUGCUGGUGAUUCUCGUUGUGUACUCUCAAGAAAUGGUCAGGCCAGUGCAUUAUCCGUCGAUCAUAAACCAGACAGUGAGUCUGAAAGAGAGAGAGUUCAGAAUGCAGGAGGAGUAGCUGUUGGGUAUAGUUAUCGUAAAAUAAUGGGGAGGUGGGUAACCAAGAAACAAUGGGGCUUCACUGAUUUUAAGGGAAGAGUAUCAAUCUCAAGAUCAAUUGGGGACUUCGCUUGCAAGAAGAACGAACGUUUACCUCCUGAAGAUCAAAUGCUGACAUGUAAUCCGGACAUCCUGACUAUGGACAUAACUGAUGACAUGGAGUUUCUUGUGAUAGCAACUGAAGGCCUCUGGUGCAACAUGACAAAUCAAAAUGUGGUUGAUCACACACAUGACCGUCUUUUGGAGGGUGCAGAAGCGCGUGUCAUCUGUGAGGAGCUUGUUCAGUUUGGCUUGCCAUCGGGCGACAACACGACCGUCAUCCUGGUUCUGUUCAAGCCCGGCGCCUUCCCUGCUGUUCCGCCGGUCGACACCGACACUGACACUGACAGCCACAUUGACGAUGAUGUCGACCCCACCGGCAGCAACAAUGCCACCGCGUCCGACAACAACGACCCCGCCAACGAGGUUGAUCCCACUGCCAAUGCCGGGUCUGACGACAGCAACACCGGCGACGAGGUCAAGGUCGACGCCACUGCCACUGCCGUCGGCAGCAGCAGUACCACUGCCGUGGCUGCUGACGAGGGCACUGGCAAUCCUCCUCAUGGCGCACUAGUUGACACCGACGACGAGGACGGGCUGACCUACUCCCAGGACAUGGACUUACCCCCGGCGUCGACGUCCCCCCCAACCUUCCCGGACGAGGACGACCUCCCCCGGUCUAACCCGGACAAGUCCCCCCCGCACGUAUCAAUCUUAUUCAGAGUUUGAGUCCAGAUCAGGAAAGGCCAGAAGCUAUAGCUAUGAUUCGGAAGGAGUAGUUCGUUUCCACUUGAUUUUUGUCUAGCAAGUCGAAGAUGAUGUGUGAUGAUGCAUGCAGGAUGAUACUUAUCGUAGGUGGUAGUAGCACUGUGCAUUGAUAGGAGUAGUUUGUUUCUGCUACCUUGAUGAUGUGUGAUGAUGCAUGCAGGAUGAUACUUAUCAUAGGUGGUAGUAGCACUGUGCAUUGAUAGGAGUAGUUUGUUUCUGCUACCUUUGGUUUGUGGUUUUUGCCUGCUGCUUUGCAUAGGAGAUUAAGAUUUUGCUUGUCAGACUCAGAUAACUUCAAUUAACUGUCUACGAAAUCUCGCUCACUGGUUUUUGAGUUGUGAAGGUGAUUGAUCUAGUGAUGCUUUUUGUUGUUGUUCAUUUUGAA